AUGGAUGCUUACAUAGUUGUGGAACUGUUUUCAAAACUGAAGGCAUCGGCCGAAGCCCGUGGCAUCGAUUUUCAUGCAGUAGUGCAAAGGUCCAGCGUGACUGCAAAAAAGAAGGAAAGAACAAAGUCAAAGAAAGAGCGAAUGAAGAUUGAUGACAUGUCUUGGUCAGAAAUUUGCGAGAAACUAGAAGAUGUGUUGACGGGCACGCGACAAGCAACCGAAUUGCAGUGUAUCGUAGAUUCUAUGCUGUUUGGGCUUGGUAAACACAUGAGACGAUGCGGUGUAAAUGUGCUAAUUCCCGAGAAUAGGCAUGAACUGAAAUGCAGGGCUAGCGGCAGCGAAAGGAUCAUUUUGACCAGCGGGAAAGCUUUUGACGAGUUGAAGCAAUUGUUCCCCUCUCGAGUGCUGUGCAUUCCAAAUGUUUGCUCCCUGAAUCCUAUUGAGCAACUGAAAUAUGUUUUUACUAGGUACAAAGUAUCACUGUCAAACUUGGACGUGUUCUCACGUUGUAUGGAUGGUCCGAAAGGCUCCGUUCCAUCGAUCCACGGGAGUACUCUGGUGUCGGCUGUCGCUUAA